AUGGCUCUCCGACCCUCAGAUGGAGCAACUACAUCAUCGAGGAGGAUGGAGAAGGUCACUCACGAAUACUACUCAGAUCUCUUCGACAGCCAUGUCCACUUGCCUCCUCAUCAUCUGAGGGAAGAUGGACAUAACAUUCCAAAGGUCCUCCCUUCCGAAGCCCGUCAUGCCAUCAUGUCGGUGAAGAAUCGUACUUCACCUGGUCCCGACAGAAUCAAGCCUGAACAUCUGAAGUACUUACCGCCAGUCCUCAUUAACACUAUGGCAAGGCUCUUUACACGUUAUCUGUCGGAAUGCAGGAUUCCUAAAGAAUGGAAAACCAGCAAGGCCGUGAUGUUCUAUAAGAAGGGAGACCCACAAGCAAUCGGCAUCUAUCGCCCAAUCUGCUUAUUGUCUGACAUCUACAAUCUCUUCACAAGAGUAAUCUUAAACAGGAAAAAAGAACAUCAGAUGAAGGCAACCAUGCGAACAAGCAGGGUUUUGAAAAGGGUUCAGUGCGAUUGA